AAAAAAAAGGGCCUACCUAUCCAAACUAAUUGACUUACAUAAUGAUAUUUUUUUCUUUUUAAUCGUUAUUUUGAUCUUUGUAUUAUGGAUGUUGGUUCGCGCUUUAUGGCAUUUUCACUAUAAAAGAAAUCCAAUUCCAGAAAGGAUUGUUCAUGGAACUACUAUAGAAAUUAUUUGGAGGGCGACCGUUAGGUCACCCAUAGUUAUGUCAAUGGGGCUCAACACAUGGGCUCUAAACCGCGCGAGCCUAUCUUCCGCGCGCCAGGUAUACGACUCAUCCUUGCCACGUAAGUGGUGGGAGACCAAAGCAUGUCGUAAAAGCGAGAUUGAGGGGUCCUUGUCGUUCGCAGCUGGACUGUGGAAAGCCCAAGAUCAUCUUGCUAACCUGCCAUCGCUAUUCGAGAUGAGGAGCUGUUCUGGCGAAUAA